AUGAACUCGAGAAGCGGAAGUGCACUCGGCCGUCCAGGCUCGAUGGGCGGAGCUCAGGGGGUCCCUGCAGCAAAUGAGAAGGUGGCGCUUUACUCUCUUAUCAUUUACAAAUGGAACCCGGAGAAGCCUGUUCAGCUCGCUGCCGCGUUCGAUCUGUCGAGCUUCCCCUUCUUCCAUCGUAGCACCAUGAAGGAACACAUUGUCUUCCACUCCAGGCUAAUCUGCGCGCGCACGCCGCUGGGAAGGCGGCAGGUCGUGGAGUUUGAACAGAACAUCGGGCACUGCCACGUGUUCGUCCACUCCUCGGGCCUCGCAGCGACGGUCUUGUCUACAGCCGCCUACCCGAUGCGGGUCGCCUUCGGCAUGAUCACGCAAGCGCUCAGAGGCUUCCAAGAUAAAUACGCUGGACAGUGGGAGAACAUCGCGGACGACGUGAAGGAAGGGAUGAUGUUCGCCACGGAAGGAUCCGACCUUAUGAAGCUCUACCAGAACCCUGUGGAGGCCGACAAACUUUUGAAAGUUCAGAGAGACCUCGACGAGGUGAAAGAUGUCAUGCUGAAAAACAUCGAUGAUUUGUUGCAGAGAGGCGAGAAGUUGGACGAUCUCAUGCAGAGAAGCGAGGACUUGUCAAACACGUCGUACCAGUUCUAUCGGCAAGCAAAGAAAAACAACCAGUGCUGUCAGUUGUACUAG